AUGGAGGGCAAAGUGGAGUGUAAAAGUGUUGGGCAAAGUGGAGCGGUAAAAAGAGUUGGGCAAAGUGGAAGAGAAGAACCAGAUGUCACCAGUGAAGUUAGCGCUAAUGAAUACGAAUCAGAAAAUGAAUCGGACGAUUAUGACACUCAAGAUAUUCUUGGAAAAGACGGUUAUGUGUGGUCACAGAAGCCGAAAAUUCUCCGAAGAACACCGAUGCGAAAUAUUGUUACACAGAAGCCAGGGCCAAAAGGGAAUGGGUGUCAGGCAGACACACCAUUGAAAGCAUUUGAUUUAUUUUUUGACGAUUCCAUGAUAACAGAGAUUGUUACAUGGACCAAUCAAAAAAUUGAAAAUGUGAAAGUCAGUUACAUUAGAAACGCUGGAUUUUUGUACCAAACCAACGUUGUAGAAAUUCGAGCACUUAUAGGCAUCCUACUCUUCUUGGGUGCCACAAAAAACUCCAAGGAAAGUACUGCAAGUAUUUGGUCGAAAGAUAGUACUGGCAAGCCAAUUUGCAUAUCAGCGAUGAGUCAAAAACGGUUUUUGCUGCUUGUGUAUUGCCUACGUUUCGACAAUUCCACAACGAGGGCCCAGCGAAGAGCUAACGACAAGUUGGCGUGUGUUCGCGACAUAUUUGGCAAAUUUGUCAAAGCUUGUGAAGCAAACUACACCCCAGGAACUGGGUGUACAGUGGAUGAAUCUCUCCUUGCAUUCAGAGGAAGAUGUAGUUUCAAGCAAUAUAUACCAAAUAAACCAAGUAAAUACGGCAUCAAGAUAUAUGUAUUGGCUGAUAGCAAAACGUUCUACUCGGUUUCUUCAAAAAUUUAUAUGGGAGCUGGUACUCAUGCACCAGGGAUGCAAGUUCCAACCCAAGCAGUCUUGGAUUUGGUACCCACAAUUUCUGGAACAAACAGAAACAUUACAACCGAUAACUAUUACACAUCAAUUGAUUUGGCCAAUGAACUAAAAUCCAGGAAUCUCACAUUAGUUGGCACUAUGAAAAAUAACAAAGCUUGCAUUCCACCGUCAUUUUUGAUGAAAGCAGCAGAAGGAACAGUUCAAUACGUCUUUGAUCAUGCAAACGAUUACACUCUCUUGUCUAUUGUUCCAAAGAAGAACAAGAGAGUUAUAUUUCUUUCCACCAUGCAUUCGCAAAAAUCGACUGAUGCAGCUACUGGGAAAGAAGAAAUAAAUGUAUUUUACAACCAAGAAAAAGGUGGGGUAGACAGACAUGAUCAAAUGUGCAGCUUUUAUACCACGGCAAGAAAAACAAAUCGUUGGCCAAUGAGGGUAUUUUAUGGAAUGAUUGAUAGUGCUGCCUUGAACGCAUUUGUUAUUUUUACUGAAAAUGUGCCAAACUUUGGAGAACGUAAGAAAAACAAACGACAGAGAUUCUUGAAGAAACUGGCCAUCGCUUUGAUUACACCACAUGCGCAUCAACGAUUGGAGAUGAAGCAGACGCCAAAAGAUGUCAAACAGAUCAUCCGUACCUGCGGCAUUGCGGAGGUACCAACACAAACAGCAAGCACCACACAACCUCAUUCAGGACGCAAGAGAUGUUAUAUUUGUCCCAGAUCUUGUGACAAGAAAACCAAACUAGUCUGUAAUGAGUGCAAUAAGUUUGUGUGUGAAGAACAUACCAAGCGAGUUUGCAACCAAUGCCAGCAUUGA